CUCUCUACAAUGAUACAAGAUUCUGUAAUGGAAAUAUUAAUAGUUGUGGGUUCAUUGUUAUCGUUGUAUACUCUUUCUUCUGGGUGUCAUAUUACCAUUUCAAGCAACAAUGGUGAAGAUUUUAAGAAGUGUGAUUAUUUAAAUAUUAAGAAACUGAUGGACUUCGUUAACUCCACAAUUACAAAACAAACACAAAUACUACAAGAUCUACUCGUCAAAAACUGUCAGGGGAGGAGAAUGGACAAAUGCGUAGAAGAUGUUGCACACAAAAAGCCAACUGGUCAAAGUUCAACACUCAGUUCUAGUGCCAAGUUUAACUCUAGUCAAGGUGUAGAUGGACUAAUGCCUAGUGGAAACGAGUACAUGAUACAUACUAAGCCUGAGAAAAAUCCUUUCUGGUGGGUGAAUUUGGGAAGGGAAUACCUGGUUGAAAGAGUAGAAAUAUGGAAUCGUAAAGAUUGUUGUGCUGAACGAACUCGAAACAUGGAUGUUACUGUUGGGCCAAUUUUGAACGAAAUGAAGUUGUGUGCACACUACAAAGGUCCAAGCCAGAAAGGUGAACACCUAGUGAUCGGCUGUACCAAAAGAAUGCGGGGUCGUUAUGUCAAGCUCCAAAUCCAAGGGACGGUAGCUUUGAAUCUACUUGAAGUCAAAGUGUUUGCUUUCAAAACAUGUUCGAAUUAAAAUAAAAAUCAAUAUUAUAA